GACCUCAGCAGGCUGCCUCUACACUCUCACACACUCUUUCAUGCACACCCACGCUUGGUUAGCCAUCCGGCCCUGAAACCUGUUUCACUGCUGAUGUUUCAAAUCAGGUGGAGGCUGCUUUUUUCUCCAGCUUUCACACCUCAGUUCUCACUCGGGGUUUCAGCAGCAGCAGCAGCAGCAGCAGGGCUGGGGAAUUUCUUUGCCACCAGCAGCCUUGCGAUUUCAAUGUCAUCCAUGGACUUUUCUCCCUCUGCUCCAGCAUCGUCGGUCCUGUUCACAGAUAGUGAGAUUAAGGAGCUUGGAUUCUCAAAGGCUCACAUCCAAGGGCACUGGCUGUUAACGUACUGAGCUACAUCUGCUUCUUGGCUAAGGCUGAAGAAAGACGUCUUAAGCCUGGAAAUCCUGCCUGUUCUUGCUCUCUAGCGCACUCCCACUCACUCACUCACUCUCUCUCUCUCACACAGGCAGCACGAGAGGCAUAUGCGGCAGCAGGUUCUUUUUCUGAUUCCAAAAGGCUGCUUCAUUUUCUCAGAUCCAGUGACAAGAUGAUGAACUAAAAGUCUGCUGUCUCUGUGGAAGAAAAUCGCAGGAAUUGGCUACUGAAGAGCAAGUCAACAGCAGGAGAAGAAGGGGAGGAAGGAUAGUGGCUGAGAAUUAAGAACAAAAACAAACAGAAAAAGAAACCAGGUGGAAGGUUUGCCAAAGCCAGACUAGAUUUUAAAGUGGGGAUUCCCCCUCCAUUUUUCUCUGCUCCUUUCGGCUUUAAUAAUUCAACAAGACCUGCUUCUACAAGCUGCCUCCAACCACCUUUCCCAGCUGCUGUGUGCUGCUGGCGCUGUUGCUCUUGCUGGUAGAAGAAAAGUGUGAACAAAGCAGAAGAAGAAAAAAUGCCAGCCAUCCUGGUAGCCUCCAAAAUGAAAUCCGGACUCCCCAAGCCUGUCCACAGUGCUACGCCCAUCGUCCAUGUCCCAACUGCGAGGACCCUCCCACAGCCCUGUUACCUGAAGUUUGGAAGCAAGGUGGAGGUGAACAAGCCAUCCUAUUCUAGCCAGAUCCCCCUCAAAUCAUCUGCUGGAUCUGAGAAUGCUGGGGAUGAGUUCCCUCCAAAGACGACCACCUCCCUAGAAAAUGGCUUUGACACACAGAUUUAUACAGACUGGGCCAAUCACUACCUAGCAAAAUCUGGCCAUAAGCGUUUGAUAAAGGACCUGCAGCAAGAUGUGACUGAUGGAGUUUUACUGGCUGAAAUCAUCCAGGUUGUAGCAAAUGAGAAGAUUGAAGACAUCAAUGGCUGCCCAAAGAAUAAAUCUCAAAUGAUUGAAAACAUAGAUGCUUGCCUGAGUUUUUUGGCUGCCAAAGGAAUAAACAUACAGGGACUGUCAGCAGAAGAAAUCAGGAAUGGGAAUUUAAAGGCCAUCUUAGGCCUUUUCUUUAGUCUGUCGCGAUACAAGCAACAGCAACAGCAGUCCCCCAAGCAGCAAUCACAGCAGCAUCCAUCCCAGCAACCUCCCACGUCACCCCAGCAAGUAGGGCCUCUAUCCCAGUGCCAGCUUGGAUUGCAGGAGCAGCAGCUACAGCCACCACAUCAGGUGCUGAAUUCACCCCAGAUGCAGUGCCAACAAGCCCAGCAAAUUCCUCUUCUUCACUUGAAAGCACAACCAGAAAUGCAGUCCAGUGCAUCACCCAGGGACUCAUCUCAAAGCAAAAUCAUCCGAUUCACUCUCGGUCAGAAAAAGAUUUCUAGACUUCCAGGUCCGACCACGAGGGUUUCAGCUGCAGGCAGCGAGGCAAAAACUCGUGGUUCAGUUAGUGCCAACAACCGACGCAGCCAGAGCUUUAACAACUAUGACAAAUCCAAACCCACAAGCUCACCAUCCCUUCCAUCAAACAGCAGUGAGAAAGAGCCAGCAGACAAUUUAGCCUCCCAGUCCACAGGAAUGAAUGAAAAUGCACCAUCUUCAGUUCAAAGCAGCAGUAGCAACAAUGCUUCCAGUUGCAAUAACCCCUCUGCCAUCCCUCAGCCCGGCACUGCUGUUAAACCCUGGCGUAGUAAGUCACUUAGUGCUAAGCACACAACCACGUCUUCCACAUUGUCAGUAAAGCAGCCAAUUCAAGAGACUCCAAAACCCCCGCCAGAGAUGGUGAAAACAACUGCCAAUGGCCAGAAAUCCAUGCUGGAGAAACUCAAACUUUUUAACACAAAAGGUGUCUCCAAAGCAGGAGGGUCAUCCCUUGAAUGUCCAGGAUCUCGGGAAACUAGUUGCGAACGACUCGAAAUCCUUCCUAGCUUUGAGGAAAGUGAAGAGAUGGAUGCCACAAAUCGGAAUGUGAACAACCCAGGGCCAACAUCUAAUAGUCCCAAAAUUGCACUCAAGGGAAUUGCACAAAGAACUUUUAGCCGGGCACUGACCAAUAAGAAGAGUUCCCCAAAGGGCAGUGAGAAAGAAAAAGAAAAACAGAAAGAUAAAGAAAAGGAAAAAAACACUGCAAAGAGAACAUCGGUAACAGAAAAAACUGAGAUCAAAGAGGAGCCGAAGGAAGAACAGACCCCACCAGCCGCAACAGAGAUGCCAAAAAAGUCCUCCAAGAUUGCAAGCUUUAUUCCUAAAGGCGGAAAGCUGCACAGUGCCAAGAAGGAGGCUGCUGCCCCUUCACAAAGUGGAAUACCAAAACCAGGAGUGAAAACCACCACAGGGAAAUCCUCAAGUGCCCCCAGUUCAGCUAAGGAAGGUGAGAGAGGCCGCAGUGGGAAGUCUGCUUUAGGCCCUUCUCAUCAGAAGACCCAGCUAGAUGGUCAGAAUUCCAGCUCUACAUCCAGUUUGGCUUCUUCUGAAGGGAAAGGGGCUGCAGGGGUGCCUAUGAUUACCAGCAGUAGCAUCCCAGCUGCAAGUGGGCCAACAAGCACCACACAGACCAUAGGAAGCAAUACUGUGAGUGUUCAGCUACCUCAUCCACAACAGCAAUACAGCCACCCAAACACUGCCACAGUAGCACCAUUUAUGUACAGAUCACAGACAGAUAAUGAAGGAAAUGUAACAGCCGAACCCAGCACUGGAGGGGUGAGCGUGCACAUGGAUUCUGCUCUAUACACAAAAACUGGACAGCCUAUUCUAGAAGAUCUUUCAGGGGAAGAUCCAGAAACCCGCCGAUUGCGAACUGUCAGGAAUAUAGCUGAUCUCCGGCAAAACCUAGAGGAAACCAUGUCUAGCUUACGGGGAACUCAGGUCUCUCACAGCACCUUGGAGACCACCUUUGAUACGAACGUCACUACUGAAAUAAGUGGCCGCAGUAUUCUCAGCUUGACAGGAAGGCCAACACCCUUAUCUUGGAGACUUGGGCAGUCCAGUCCCCGUCUUCAAGCUGGUGAUGCUCCAUCAGUGGGUAAUGGAUAUCCCCCAAGAGCCAAUGCCAGCCGGUUCAUCAGUGCAGAAUCAGGACGUUACAUGUAUUCAGCUCCUUUGAGAAGACAACUAGCAACACGAGGUAGUAAUGUUUGUCAUGUGGACAUCUCAGACAAAGGAGGAGAUGAAAUUGAUUUAGAAGGCAUCACCAUGGAUGCUACAGGCUAUAUGAGCGAUGGAGAUGUUCUGGCCAAGAACAUAAGAACUGAUGACAUUACAAGUGGGUACAUGACUGAUGGUGGUCUGGGCCUUUACACUAGAAGAUUAAAUAGACUUCCUGAUGGGAUGGCUGUUGUACGGGAAACUCUGCAACGCAACACCUCACUGGGCCUGGGGGAUGCUGACAGUUGGGAUGACAGCAGUUCUGUCAGCAGUGGAAUCAGUGACACCAUAGAUAACCUCAGCACUGAUGACAUUAACACCAGCUCUUCUAUCAGCUCUUAUGCAAACACACCUGCAUCAUCUCGUAAGAAUCUGGAUUCCCAGACUGAUGCUGAAAAACAUUCCCAGGUGGAGCGGAAUUCCUUGUGGUCUGGUGAUGAAAUCAAGAAAUCGGAUGGGGGCUCAGACAGCGGCAUAAAAAUGGAGCCUGGAUCUAAAUGGAGACGGAAUCCCUCUGAUGUUUCUGAUGAAUCUGAUAAAAGCACUUCUGGGAGGAAGAAUACAGUCAUUUCACAGACAGGCUCUUGGAGACGGGGCAUGUCAGCUCAAGUUGGCAUUACCACACCAAGGACAAAAACGUCAACCACCUCAGGUACUUUGAAGACACCUGGAACAGGGAAAACCGACGAUGCCAAGGUAUCAGAAAAGGGUAGAGUUUCUCCCAAAUCAGGACAAGUUAAACGCUCUCCAUCAGAUGCAGGACGUAGCAGUGGUGAUGAAUCAAAAAAACCUCCAGCAAACAACUCUAGGACAGCUGCUGCCAAUACAAAUAUGUUCGGAUUUAAAAAACAUAGUGUGUCAGCUGUAGGAAUGACCAUGAUAACAGCAAGCGGUGCAACUAUCACAAGUAGAUCUGCUACUCUGGGCAAAAUCCCCAAGUCAUCUGGACUUAUGGGUAGGUCCACUGGUCGGAAGACUAGUAUUGAUGGCUCACAGAAUCAGGAUGAUGGUUACUUAGCCCUUAGCACCCGAACUAAUCUCCAGUACCGAAGCUUACCUAGGCCCAGCAAAUCCACCAGUAGAAGUGGAGCCGGUAACAGAUCUAGCACCAGCAGCAUAGACUCUAACAUAAGCAGCAAAUUAGCAGGCUUGCCUGUUCCUAAAAUGAGAGAGCCAGCUAAAGUUGCCCUCGGAAGUGCUCUGCCUGGCUUAAUCAACCAGACAGAUAAGGAAAAAGGAAUCUCGUCAGACAAUGAAAGUGUGGUCUCUUGUAACUCUGUUAAAGUCAACCCCGCAUCUCAGGCAGCUUCCAGUGCAUCCCAGAAUGUUCACCAGCAAGGAGUCAAAUACCCAGAUGUGGCCUCCCCCACUCUGCGAAGACUUUUUGGUGGAAAGCCGAAUAAACAAGCUCCCAUCACAACAGCAGAAAGCAUGAAAAAUUCCGUGGUCAUCUCCAACCCACAUGCAACCAUGAACCAGCAGGCGAACCCAGAUUCUCCUUCCGGCAGCGGCAUUCUGAGUAGUGGCAGCAGUAGUCCCCUCUACAGUAAAAACACAGACAUAAACCAAUCUCCAUUAGCAUCCAGCCCCAGUUCUGCUCAUUCCGCUCCUUCUAUAAGCUUAACUUGGGGUACUAAUGCCAGUAGCUCUUCUGCCAUUAGCAAGGAUGGCAUUGGAUACCAGUCCGUCAGCAGCUUGCACACCAGUUGUGAAUCCAUUGAUAUAUCUCUCAGCAGUGGAGGUGGGCUAAGCCAUAACUCUUCCAGUGGCCUGAUGGCAACUUCUAAGGAUGAUUCACUGACUCCCUUUGUUAGAACCAACAGUAUUAAGACAACAUUGUCUGAAAGCCCUCUCUCUUCCCCUGCUGCUAGUCCCAAAUUCUGCCGAAAUACUUUACCCAGGAGGCAGGACAGUGACCCUCACCUUGAUAGGAACACUUUGCCUAAGAAAGGACUCAGGUACACCCCAUCAGCACAACUUCGUAAUCAAGAAGAGGCCAAAGAAUGGCUGCGUUCACACUCUGCGGGAGGUCUUCAGGAUACUGUUGCCAACUCUCCAUUUUCUUCUGGUUCCAGCAUAACCUCACCUUCUGGGACUAGAUUUAACUUCUCCCAACUUGCAAGUCCCACCACAGCAACCCAGAUGAGUUUGUCUAACCCAACCAUGCUACGGACACACAGUCUUUCUAAUGCGGAUGGCCCUUAUGAUCCUUACAGCGACACCCGGUUCCGGAACAGCUCAGUGUCGCUGGAUGAAAAGAGCAGAGCAAUGAGCCGUUCUGGGUCAUUCCGGGACGGCUUUGAAGAGGUGCAUGGCUCCUCUCUCUCUCUGGUUUCCAGCACAUCCUCUAUUUAUUCAACGCCUGAAGAAAAGUGUCAGUCAGAGAUUCGCAAGCUAAGGAGGGAGUUGGAUGCAUCUCAGGAGAAAGUCUCAGCUCUGACGACACAAUUGACUGCCAAUGCUCACCUUGUGGCAGCGUUUGAGCAGAGCUUGGGAAACAUGACCAUUCGACUGCAAAGCCUAACUAUGACAGCAGAACAGAAGGAUUCAGAACUGAAUGAGUUAAGAAAAACCAUUGAGCUGCUGAAGAAACAAAAUGCUGCUGCUCAGGCUGCCAUUAAUGGAGUAAUUAACACACCUGAGCUCACCUGCAAAGGAAGUGGGACUGCUCAAACCACUGAUUUACGGAUCCGAAGACAACAUUCUUCAGACAGUGUGUCUAGCAUUAACAGUGCCACCAGCCAUUCCAGCGUGGGAAGCAACAUAGAAUGUGAUUCCAAGAAAAAGAAAAGAAAAAACUGGGUCAAUGAGUUGCGUAGCUCCUUCAAACAAGCUUUUGGUAAAAAGAAAUCCCCCAAGUCAGCAUCUUCACAUUCAGAUAUUGAGGAGAUGACGGAUUGUUCUCUGCCUUCAUCACCAAAACUGCCUCACAACUGCUCAGUUAUUUCAACACCAUUGCUGAGAACCUCUCAUUCCAAUUCCCUGAUUUCAGAAUGCACUGAUAGUGAAGCAGAAACAGUCAUGCAGUUACGAAAUGAGCUAAGAGACAAAGAGAUGAAACUGACUGAUAUCCGUCUGGAGGCCCUAAGCUCCGCCCACCAACUCGACCAGCUUCGGGAGGCCAUGAACAGAAUGCAGAGUGAGAUUGAGAAACUAAAAGCAGAAAAUGACCAGCUCAAAUCUGAAAACCAAGGCAGCUGCAGCAGGGCCCAAUCUCAGGUGUCCAUUUCAUCUUCUCCAAGGCAGUCUAUGGGCCUCUCACAGCACAGCCUGAACCUCACAGAAUCAGCUAGUCUUGACAUGCUGCUAGAUGAUCCUGGUGAUGGUUCUUCUCGGAAAGAAGGUGGCAGGCGUGUUAAAAUAAUCAUCAGAUUUCAGGAUGAAGUGAGAUGGAAAGAAGAUUCUAGGCCUCGUCUCUUCCUCAUUGGCUGUAUUGGAGUUAGUGGAAAGACCAAAUGGGAUGUAUUGGAUGGUGUUGUUCGAAGACUGUUCAAGGAAUACAUAAUUCAUGUGGAUCCUGUGAGUCAACUUGGGUUAAAUUCAGACAGCGUCUUGGGAUACAGCAUUGGAGAAAUCGUACGCACUAAUAGUGCAGAGACACCUGAGCUGCUGCCUUGUGGCUACCUGGUUGGUGAAAACAAUACCAUCUCAGUCACUAUCAAAAGCAUUGCAGAGAACAGUUUGGACAGUCUGGUGUUUGAAUCUCUCAUCCCAAAGCCUAUACUGCAGCGCUACAUAUCACUCUUAAUGGAACAUAGAAGAAUCAUCUUAUCUGGUCCAAGUGGCACAGGAAAAACAUACUUGGCCAAUCGACUGUCAGAAUAUAUGGUGCUUAGAGAGGGCAGAGAACUGACCGAUGGUGCUAUUGCAACGUUUAAUGUGGAUCACAAGUCCAGUAAGGAACUCCGCCAGUAUCUUUCCAACCUUGCUGACCAAUGCAACAGUGAGAAUAAUUCUGUGGAGAUGCCACUUGUUAUCAUACUGGACAACUUGCAUCAUGUUAGCUCUCUGGGAGAGAUCUUCAACGGGCUCUUGAGCUGCAAGUAUCAUAAAUGUCCUUACAUUAUUGGAACAAUGAACCAGGCAACUGCCUCUACACCUAAUCUUCAGCUACACCAUAACUUCAGAUGGGUGCUGUGUGCCAACCACACUGAGCCAGUAAAGGGUUUUCUUGGCCGUUUCUUGAGAAGAAAACUUGUUGAAACAGAAAUUGGUGGCAGAAUGAGAAAUGCAGAACUGGUUAAGAUCAUAGACUGGAUUCCCAAAGUCUGGCAACACCUUAACAAGUUCCUAGAAGCUCACAGUUCUUCAGAUGUUACGAUUGGGCCACGACUCUUCCUCUCUUGUCCAAUAGAUGUAGAUGGGUCUAGAGUUUGGUUUACUGACCUGUGGAACUACUCCAUUGUUCCCUAUCUUCUUGAGGCUGUCAGAGAAGGAUUGCAGUUGUAUGGAAGGAGAGCACCUUGGGAGGACCCUGCAAAAUGGGUAAUGGACACCUACCCAUGGGCAGCCACCCCACAACACCAUGAGUGGCCUCCUUUGCUGCAGCUGCGGCCAGAAGAUGUUGGAUUUGAUGCAUACUCAAUGCCACGGGAAGGUUCUACCAGCAAGCAAGUUCCACCCAGCGAUGCUGAAGGAGAUCCUCUGAUGAACAUGCUGAUGAGAUUGCAAGAAGCAGCCAACUACUCGAGCCCCCAGAGCUAUGACAGCGACUCCAACAGCAAUAGCCAUCACGAUGACAUCCUUGACUCAUCCCUGGAAUCCACAUUGUGAUGCAAGCCCAGCAGAAAUGGUUGCUUCCCGCCUUCCUUAGAAAAUCUGAUUGCCAAUUCAUGAGGAUAAAUGGUCUUUGGUUCAGAUGGACAUCUCAGUAUUAGAGCCGCAAGAACAAUACAAACCAAUUCCACCCCACCCCACACUCCUAGUCAGAUUCAAACAUGGGUGCAGGCAACCCAGUUGAUGUUUUUGUAUUGUGCUUUUAUCAUUAUUAUGUUUCUUUUCUUAAUAAUAUGAACUGCACUACUUUAUUUUUGUUCUUUUGACAUUGCUGUGAGCUCACAUGCCUAAGACACUGAAUACAUGUAUUUUUUUUCAUUAAAAUAAUAUUAGUCCUAAUAAGUUUGGGGUGGGGGGAAGGAAAGAAAAUGCUUGCCUUCAGAGCUAAGAAACAAAACAGCAUUUGUGCCAUGUACUGUCUAGAAAGGAAGGAAAGGGGGCAGAUCUUGCCGACACUGCUUUUGACCAAACUCAUUCAGUGAUGGCUGAAUUUUUGUAAGCCAUCUUUGCAGGCUAACCUCAGCUACAGAUAGUACUUGUGCUAUAACAGGACUGCUUGGCCAGGUAAUGAAAGGUAAAGAACUGCAGAGCAGGGAAAUAGACACCUAACAUGAGUACAUACAAAAAUAGAAGCUGUUCUCCUUGCCACCUUUGGCCCUGCCUGUAUUUCAGGCAUUCAUUUUAAGUUAGAUACCCAGCAUAGGUUCAGUCUACAAAAUGCUGUUAGUGGUCAGCCUCCACUGAAACAAAAUGAAGGCUGAGCUACUGCAGAACUUUGUGGAUUUGGACAUGCUGCCUACUUUCUGCUUUCAUUUUUCACUUCAGCAGCUCCCAUUGCUGAAGAAAGAAGCCUCUUUGAAAGUAAGCUUUAAAAGCCUGCUUAAUUUCUUAGCAGUGGAACUGAUAGAUACCUCAAAAAAUGAAAGCAGAUCUUUAACUAAGUGCAUAAUUUCCUGUAUCUUCUUGGGAUACAAAACCAAUCAACCUAAUUAAAAUGUUUCAGUGGCGAUGGUCAGUAUCCAAAGGACUGUGUACACUUGUGGGCCCUGCAUUUACUUUUCCAAUAGAAUUGUUCACUCCCCUGCCCCUCUGAAUAGCAAACCUUGUGCCAAGUUGCAUAAUAUUUUGAAACUCCCUCAGUUUCAAAGAAUGGUUUUCUACCAGGCAUAUAAGGCUAUUGUGAGGGGGAAAGGGAAGUCUAACAGUGCCAAUCUAAAUACAGGUACAUAAACCUGUCGUUUCAAUGGAUGUAGAGAGGUAUAACUGCUUAGAAUGGCACUGUAAUGUUCCUUUGGAAUCAUUGCAUUACCAGUAGUUCGGGCCAUGGAAAUUCUCUCCCCAGGUCAGAAACAAAAUCUGUGUCUUUCUAGAAAAUGAUAUACACAAAUCUAAUCUUUCCUUUGCUUGACCAAUAUUGUCUACUAUCUUCGAAGACGGGUUUGUUAUCCCUUUUGGAUAAGGUCUCCUUGUCUCCACUUUAGGCUUUUAAUCUUGUGACAUAAAUUAAGGACUGACAAUUUUUCUUUUUUUAAAAAGGCUGAUUUGAUAUCAUAGUUGAAUUAAAGCAGUCUUCAAGUCAAGGAGAAUUGUCUGUAAUUUUUUUCAUUUUGAAAGAUCCCAUUUUUGAACCCUGGCCAAGCAGCAAAACCUGGUUCUGAUCUUCUCACCCCCUUCUCCUUUCCAAAUGCACAGAAUAAAGGUCAAUUUUUUUGGGCUUGGUGUUUCUGUUGAGAAACAAGGACUCCUCACAAAGAAUUGCACUCUUUUUUAGGAAAAAAAAGAUAGACGGAAUAGAUACAAAAGCAGCCUAUCAGUUGUCUCAAACUGUACCUCAACUAGAGCUGAAGUCUUCAACAGUGUCACACACAAGCAAGCCUUUUCACCUAUCUUUGGGUGCUGGUUUUUUAAAGCGAUGCCUUACUUACUUUCUACUAAUUGUGUUAGAAUUCCAUUAGUAAUGUAUGUGAUGGGUUUUUAUUUAAACAAAACAGGGCUAAAGAUGUCAUCUCUUGGAAUAUAAUAGCAUGAAUUGCUGUGAAUAUUGUUUGUAAUAAGAUUAAAUAUUUCUUUUGUUGUUGUUUUUAAUGUGACAAUAACUAAAGUAAGGGAUUGAAAAAGAGCUUUUUAAAAGAAUUUCCAUAUCAGCCUGCAGCUAAAUGACUCAUUGGACAGCUGUUGAACCAACAAGAAAAAUAAACCCUUUCUAUGAUGCUGAAUCAUAUUGUUACUAAGCGAAAAGAAAGUGAGAUUCUUUGAGUGGAUUUUUAAAUGUGCAGGCAGAAUAUCUGCCACAUUUUAAAAAGGUGUUCAUCUUUGUGGGUCUGAUAACACAACCCACACAUAGUUGUGAUGCUACCAGAACUCAUUUGUUGAGUGGGUAGUUUGUAAUACCUCAUUGCUUUCAGUGGCACAAGUGAAAUUUAACCUGUUUGUUGUCUUUCAUCCAUUAAGAGCUAGUCAUGAAUCUCUUCCAUAAUUUUUUCUUCUUCUUGAUGCCCUUUUAAAAUAAUAAGUCCAAAAGAAAAUUUUUGUUUGCUCAAACAAUUGAACUGUUUUAAUUAGAAAGAUAUUUGAUUAUUUCCUGUUAAUAAAAUAGAAAAAGGUUAACUAAUCUUCAUUCUAUUUUGUUUACUGAAAAUAAGAACAGUCCUUUUGGAUCAGACAGAGGCCCAGCAUCUUGUUUUCCAAAACAGCCAUCCAGAGGUCCAGAAAGCCCAUAGCAGGAUUUCAGAAACUGAAACCUUUCCUGGGUGCUGUCCUUCCACAACUGACAUUCAGGACUGGAAGUCCCAUGUGGGUACCUUGCCCAAUAGCCGUCAAGGGAUCUCUCCUCCAUUAAUUUGUCUAAUCCACAUUUAAAGCCAAUGAAUGUGCCACACUGACCCCAAAUCAAGGCAAUGAAACUAGAGGAAUUUGGGAUUCAGCACUCUGUUUCCCAGCACUGGCCAUCAAAUGCAGCUUUGAAAGAUUUCCCAGAUCAAAAUUUCUCUUCAUGUGGAAAGAGAAACUGCUGUGGGAAAGGAUUCUAACCUAGCUCUCCCUGGCAUUCUAAAUUUCUACUGGUUAGGAAUGUUUGCUUCGAUAUUAUUCAAUUAUGAAAUUCGCCCACUACUUGCUCUCUAAUUUGAUAGAUUUUGGAAGAAUUGCACCACUUUUUAAACAAAAUGUUUGAUUAGAUUAUUACACCAGCCUAGAACAAAAAUCUGAACUUCAUCCAACUAUAUGCUUCCAUCAUGAGGGCACAUUUGGAUUCUCCCAACAAAACUAGGUUCCUGCUGUCAAACUUUCCUAAAAUACACAUUAAAUUUCCUUUAUUUAAAUUUGAUGUUCUAAUAUAUUUUUCCAUGUGAAAAAAAAUCCAAAAACAGUAAAGUGGAGAAAGGAUAUUUACAUUCGAGCAGUCCCUCUGAAUUGAAAUUGGAGGGACUGAUUCUUAACUUAUUUGUUUUUAACGGUUUGCAAUUUAAACCUUUUGGAUGCUGUGAUGUGGGAAACCUGUAGUCAGUGGAACAGGGGAAGUCUUAGGAUGCUAUAAUACCUCCUUCAUAGCUUCAGAGUCUUGAAGACUGCCUGGACGUAUAGUCAGACUCAUCUGAUUGGUAACAACCACAGGACCAUCUCUAGUUGUCUGGAGACUAGAAAAAUAAGUUAUCCGUUCGAGGUGUUUCCCAUGUAAUUCUGGGGGGUUGUCAGCUUGCAUACAUGUAUUUUCAGUCACAGUAGGUUUAGGAAAAUUACCCCCAAACAUAUACACACAUUUCCCCCCUAUUCUGGUUGUAGAAAACAACUGGAUAAGCAGUUUUCAAGCUUGUGCCCCAGGGCUAAAUCAUACAACUGAAUCACUGUUGUUAGGUUUUAUUGUAUCUGUUUAGAUACAGUUCAUCAGAAUUCCUUUGCAUGUAUUUUCUAAACAGAUGGUUCUUGCUACAAGUGAAUAUACAUGAAUGUGUAACUGUUGACAGCUUGAUACCUUGAGUUCCAGAAACAUGUUACAGAUUUGCCUUGAUGCGGCAAUAUUCUCGCAGAUGUCCGUAUAAAACAGAUUAGUUGAUCUAGAAGUUUUUUGUAGAUAUGUGCAUUCUGAUUUAUGUAGACAGGUCAAAGACUUUUAUCAGUUAUUUUCAGAACUGACAGUUCAACAUAUGCAAAAAGAUACCUAUGUAGACCUGACGUUUCCAAAGAAAUGGUUGGGGAAAUUUUCUUGUGAGGAGGCCCUUUCUCUUCUCAAGAGUACAACUGGAUUAUGUUUUCAGAGAUAUCAAGACACAGGAAUUAUUCACAGGAAUAGUAUGAUUCAGAGAAAUAACAACUGAAGUCUAUAUUGUCCUAUCACCUUUCGGCAGGCUCCGUUGCAAUUCAGAAAUAUUGCUGAACCAUGUAUUUUGCAAUAUUAACUACACUGAACUGAGGUUAUAUGAUGAGAAUUCCGUAUAUUGUUCUGCUGUACACAUGAAAGGAGUUUAUUCUCUCUUGGACCCUUUUUGGGUGACUAAAAUAUUGAACUUUGAGGUACUUUUGUUCUUUUUAAUUGUCACACAACUGUAGCGUCCUUUCUCAAACUUCGGGAAGCAGGGUUGCCUGUUAUGCACAUUUUUAACCUAGCUCAUCUUUUCAGUCUAAUCAACCCUCUUUGUUGGUUGGCCAGCCAUUUUGUUCAGAAUGCUUCCAGUUUGUCUUUUUAGCCCCUAUGAAGUUGGCGUAACAUACUUUUUAAAGAGAAGUACAAGACUCUAUGCAACAUUCAUAUUUAAUUAUAAAUUGGAAGCACAAUACAUGUUCCUUUUCAACAUAGCUACCAAGAAUUGUGCAAAUCAUAAGAGAGAGAUAAUGGAUACAUAUUUUUUUGUUUUAGUUUUUAGGACAAUGGUGCAGAGACAGGGAAUAUUUGGCUAGUCUUUUUUAAAUAUUUUGCAAGAAAAAGAACCCCACCCGCCCAUCCUACACUAUUGCAUUGAUGAUGCUUAAAAUUUUGAUAUUCUGUGUCUUGAAUCUUUGUCUAAAUGUGACAAAUCUCUUUUAAGUAAAAGAAAAAAAACCAAAAAAAAAAUAUUGUGGCUAUUAAUUGGAAGGUUGCUGUUUUGAUCUAGUUGUUUCCAGUGGAACCAUUUAUGAGAAGCGUUCUCCAAGAUGUACAUUUUUCAUUGUAACAUAGAAAUGUAAAUAUUUGAUUACAAGUGCUGCAUUUUGAUGACUUUUUUCUAGCCAUUUUUAAAGAGAAAAACUAGGAACUGAGUAUUUUGUGUACAGUAUGAUUUCUCCCCACCUCCCUAUUUAAUUUUCUGUUACCAUUUAGGAUUGGCAUUUGCAAAUGGUCUGUUUGAGAUCAUGUCUCCCUCUGCCUUGCCCCACACCACUCCCCCUGUCCUGUGUCCUGGAGGCUAAUGAUUGUACCAGUCUUAAAUUAUUCAUGAUUCAAUAAAUUUGAUGCUUAUUUAUUCAGA